UAUGUAACUAAGCUAGACUGACCGGUCAACUUGCGACCCCUAACAAAGAACAAGCAGAUGCUGCAGCUACAGCGCCACCGCACGUAGAAUUUGAUUCUCGCCAGCUUCGCGAAGAUGCCUAUGUUCUCGACGAGAAUGAUCCGCCUGUUGAAGCCACAGACCAGAAGAAUGCGAAGGCAGAAACGGAGCAAAUGCAUCUAUAAGGCUCACAAUAAUUCUUCAUGAUUUUAUUUUUAGAGGUGCUUCUGCUUACUAUGAUAGAUUGGUUUCUUCAUGAUCUUAUUUUUAGAGGUACUUACUAUGAUAGAUUGGUUUCGUUCUGUGAGUUCAACUCGUCUUAUGAGCGCUAACCUGUGAAAUACUCGCAGUUGCGUCGCGCUGUGGACGCUCGAGACUUUGUAGUCGUGCGAGCAGCCAGAAAGUAUGCAGACUCUCAAGUGCUUGAGGUGCCAGGACUCUUUUAAGGCUUGUAGUUCUUCAUCUUGUGGUUUCCGAUGUGACAUUUCUAUGAGAAAUUACUCAUCAUCUUUUUAAGCAGCGGACUCAGAUGGCAUGCCAGUACUAGGAGUGUGGCGCUUCGUCGAGCGCCACGUCGUUUCAUCGUAGCAGUUCCGGCCUGUCGGGCACCCCUCAAAAUUUUCACGCACGGAGUGCAUGGAGUAGACUUGGGUGUUAGCAAAAUUCUUGCUAGGUACUCCAUGUAAUCCAUGCACUCCAUGCCAUGCACGCCACCAAAAGUGAUGAACUAGACUGUUGUAGUAGUUAGUAGUAGAGCAAGUGCUGCAACUUCCCUCCUUGGUGAUGGUAUGAUCGUGUACAUGUUGAUAUAAUUGUAAAAAGUGUUUCUGUUUCAUGAUCUUCAGGACCUGCUACUUUUGUUCUAACUCUUGAAAAAAGGUCUUGUUUUGGAGGCUCAGAUAUCGCGGAUGCAGAGCCAGAUGAAUCAUCGUGAGGACACACUCACCCCAACACUGAAGGCGCUUGCUAGGGACGUAGCUGGUAGCGUCAAUAUCCCCAGAGAAGCCAGCGUCGCGGAAACGGAAGAGUUACGCCGGGUAUAGGUUAUAGCUGAUAGUCUCAGUCUUCUUCUUCUUCAUCAGAAAGAUAGAGUUUUGAGUCUUUCAAGAAGGAAAAAUGGUAGCGUUGAUCAUAUCUUGGUCAUGGGGUCAGUUUUCUAGUGCUGAAUGAGGCCAUAAAAGAUCCAUGUGAAUGAGAAGAAACGUGGGUGGUGUGCUCCUGGUUUAAGAUGCAAAAAAGUAACCUAUUUCGAUUUUUCAAGUUGAAUCUCGACUAGUGCUAGUCUACACGCCAUUCUAAGGGGACGCGGAUGGUCGAGAAGGGUGGCAAGUGACCACAUACAUAUAGGUUAUAGCUGAUAGUCUCAGUCUUCUUCUUCAUCAGAAUAGUGGUUCUUCGAAGCAGAUUCCUAGUUGCAGGGUUAGUCUAGUCUUGUGUUUAAUCGCUGUCUAGUCCAAACACUUUUUUAUACAGGCUGGCUUGUGACUGGUCGUUUGGGUAUACUCAGAUAAAGAUGCUUGUGCUAGUUCUUUUUCACGUUCAUCACACUCCGAGUGAGCUUCAGCUUCACGCAACACUCCUCCAUUAUAGUACUAGCUUGGAGCGUCCGAUAACAUCCCUCCCACUAGGAUCCCCCUCCUCCCCAAAGUAAUAAACUAAGCAAGGCAACAACGUAAGCGAUAUGCGUUUUCAAAUUUCGAAAAUUUUCCACGUUUUGCCAUCGUUUGGGGAUUGGGUCUCGUGCGUUUGAAGUCAAGGGCUAAGAUCCCAAAACUUUUUGACUUUCAGCCCUUUCGCUGAAAUUUAAUGCCUUGGCUUCGCGUUUUUCAAAUUUCGAAAAUUCUCCACGUUUUGUGGUCGUUUUGGGAAUGAAUUUUGUGCGUUUGAAGCGCUAGAGCCCGUAAGUUUUUGACUUUAAGCCCUUUCCCUGGGAUUCAGUUUCUUGGAUUCGCGUUUUUCAAAUUUCGAAAAUUUUCCACCUUUUUCGUCAUUUUGGGACUGAAUCCGUUGACUUUGAAAGACUAAGAUCCCAAAACUUUUGAUUUUAAGCCCUUUCCCUGAAAUUUAAUUCCUUGGAUUCGCGUUCUUCCAAUUUCUAAAAUUUUCCACGUUUUUCGUCGUUUCGGGAGUGAAUCCCCUGAGCUUGAAGCGCUAAGAUCCCAAGACUUUUGGCUUUAAGCUUUUCCCCCCGAAAUUCAAUACCUUGGCUUCGCGUUUUUCAAAUUUCGAAAAUUUUCCACAUUUUGCCGCCGUUUUGAGAUUGAGUCCCGUGAGUUUGAAGCGUUAAGAUCCCAAAGUUUUUGAUUUUAAGCCCUUUCCCUGAGAUUCAAUCCCUUGGCGUCGCGUUUUUCAAAUUUCGAAAGUUUUCCACCUUUUUCGCCAUUUUGAGAGUGAGUCAGCUGAUUUUGAAGGGCUAAGAUCCUGAAAUUUUUGAUUUUAAGCCCUUGCUCUGAAAUUUAAUUCCUUGGGUUCGCGUUUUUCAAAUUUCGAAAAUUUUCCACGUUUUGUCGUCGCUUUGGGAUUGAGUUUCGUAAGUUUGAAGCAUUAAGAUCCUAAAAUUUUUGAUUUUAAGCCCUUUCCCCCGAAAUUCAAUUCCAUGGCUUCAUGGUUUCAUGGUUUCGUGGUUUCGUGGUUUCAUGGUUUCGUGGUUUCAUGGUUUCAUGGUUUCAUGGUUUCAUGGUUUCAUGGUUUCCNUGGUUUCCUGGUUUCCUGGUUUCCUGGUUUCGUGGUUUCCUGGUUUCCUGGUUUCGUGGUUUCGUGGUUUCGUGGUUUCCGUGGUUUCCGUGGUUUCCUGGGGUUCCUGGGGUUCCUGGGGUUCCUGGGGUUCCUGGGGUUCCUGGGGUUCCUGGGGUUCCUGGGGCUCCUGGGGUUCCUGGGGUUCCUGGGGUUCCUGGGGUUCCUGGGGUUCCUGGGGUUCCUGGGUUCCUGGGUUCCUGGGUUCCUGGGUUCCUGGGUUCCUGGGUUCCUGGGUUCCUGGGUUCCUGGGUUCCUGGGUUCCUGGGUUCCUGGGUUCAUGGGUUCGUGGGUUCAUGGGUUCAUGGGUUCAUGGGUUCAUGGGUUCAGGGGUUUGGGGUUUGUUUGUUUUUGGGUUCGGAGGUUUUGGGUUCGGAGGUUUUGGGUUCGGGUGUUUUGGGUUCGGGUGUUGGAGGUUUUGGGUUUGGGUGUUGGAGGUUGAGGUUUCCGAAGGGAUGUGUUUGCAAAGUUUUAUUGCUCUUAAUAUUGUGAAGUAGAUGUGGAAUGUUGGUCCUUAGCUCUAACACAUACGCAGAAUGACGCAAAGCAAAAAGAUCCGAUGGCUAUUAUGCGCAAAGCGAAAAGGGAGGCGCUUCGGGUAUUAGAGCGUCGUCUCGCACGCAUCAUUUUCGGAAUGCAAUUGUCUGGCGCAGCUGGUGGAACUUCAACUCUUAUGAUCAUGUCUUGGUGAAAAUGUUCUUCCGGGGGGGCUGAUGUCCUUACUUUCUCAAUAUGCCUUUUGUUCUUUACAACUCAUUAUUUUCCUAAUUUAAUAGAUCAAUCCUGCUGAGUCCUCCUCCUCACAACUUUUUAUAGUAGAAGACUGGAUCUGGCCAUCACGUUACACGGAAAGGGAAUAGCAGUAUUAUAUAGAAUUUGAAUUUAUCAUUAUCUAACACAACUACAACUACAAAGAGGAAAAAAACGCUACGCUUGCUGCAGGCUGGCUUGCUGAAUACUGAGGCCCCUGCUGUGGUUGCCGAAGAAGCAGAUCUCUUGCAAGACGUCGAGAAAUUCCUCGAUUUCGGCAUUACUGCUGUGGACAUUCUCCCUCGAGCUGCAGAUCAGGAUGCAAAUGAAAACGAGUUAAGGUCCUACUUAGGCUAGACCACACUCACGACUUACUAUCUUCUGGUUGCUGUUAGGAAUCGAUUCUGAUCGGGGGUCUCUUCUUCUUUUAUUUCGUGAGUGUCCUCUGGCAUGCGUUAAGAAGUCAAGGAGUAUUUCCAGAAGCACCCAAGGACUUCAACUACGUCGUAGUUAAGGCUUGCCGUUAUUCAUCUUAAGAGGCAUCUUGAUCUUACUUUGGCGGGCACAAUUGCAAGGACCAUACACGUCAAAGAUGCGACUGCUUAAGAUGAAUCUAAUCAGUAAGUAGGUCUAAUGUAGAGGGCGGGAGUGGCGCAACCGAGGUGGCAACCAAUGGAAAGCUGAUGAUGUAUCAAGAGAGACGGUCCUUGCGCCUUCGUUUUUCGGUCAAAGUGAAAGACGAAGCUUACUCUUACGGCUUCAAUUGUUUGCAAAAAUGUAAAGUGUUUUUCCCUCGUAGCCUGCUAGGUGUAUCCCUACAUGCAAAAACGUAAAGCGUCUCUCCCUCAUAGCCGAGCUGUAUCCCCGCAUGCAAAAAAAUGUAAAGUCUUUGCUGGUCUCUCUCGGUCACAAGCAUCAUCUUUCUCUUUGUUGAGCUUCUUGAGAUGUUUCCUGUUUAAUAAACGUCCAGGAUUAAUGUUUUUGAAUGAGAGAAGCCGUCUAACAAUGAAUUGGCAUUGGAAAAACAUAAUUGAAAUUAGAAUUUUGAAUGAGAGAAGCCGUCUAACAAUUGGCAUUGGAAAAACAAGCUGAGGGCGCUGUCGCAGCUCCGCUGGAAAAGGUUGCAACAAGUGUGUUGCAAGACGCUGCCGCUAAGGUGCACACUCUACUGUUGAACGCUGUCUCAACCCAAGGGAUCGACAGUGCCGAGAAAGUCCUCACUUUCGCGAAGAUGAAGAAGGGAGACGAGGAGACAGCAGGAGCAUCCGACGAGGACAAGAAAUUUAUGCAUGAUUGCUGGGAUGAAAUUGCAGUGAGUCGAAAUUCUAAUGUUCGUUGUUCGUGUUUCAUCAUUUUAUUUCUAAUUGUAGUCGUCAAGGAGGUCAUUGAAUUCACGUUUCUUAGCGAGACAAACCAACUUGCGUCUGCUUUUUCUCAAGAAGAGUCGCAAACGCAAUGUCGUAAAUAACUCCAUCAUCUCUUUAUAUUAACCAACAAUUAUCAACUUAUUUCAUCCCUGCGUGGUCCUCUCUAACACGGCCUUUGCCGCCACAGGGCAGGAUGAUUCUUUCUCGUCCACUUUGCAUGGACAACAAUUG